CGAGGCUUCCUCAGGAAAUACGGGGGCUUCAUGUUUAAGCAGUGGAAGGAGAAGUACCUUGUGCUGACCCUGGAGGGAAGCCUGCUAGUGUGCCGCGACGCAGAGUCCCCCCCAGACCAGGUGGUCCCACUGCAGACCCUCUGCGAGUCCAUCGCAGAGGGUCGGGACAUCCUCGACCUUCCCAGGUUGCCUCCAGGGGGCAGGAGGGACUGCUGCUUCGCCCUCAUCCUGCCGCAGACCAAGUUCCUGCUGCUUCUCUCUGAAAGCCCAGAUGACUGCAAUGUGUGGCUGAACUUGAUCAAGAAAGUGAGAGAGGGCGUCAUGUCCCCCAUGACCCUGCAGAGACAACGCAGCAUCAACCCCUGCAUCAGCGAUAGAGACCAACUGCCCGACUCCUCUAGCGACAAAGACCCUGGGUCCCCCAGGUUCGCCGAGGGCCCCCCUCCUCUGUCUCGAGUCAUGAAGCGGGGAGGAUCCUUGAGAGAUGCAGGCCAAAGCCAAGCCAGUGGACCCCGGCGGCCCCUGCGCAGCUUCUCCGUGGCCCCGCCUCACCGCACGUCGGAUUGCCUUCGCCAUGGCAACAGCAGCGAUGUCCGGGCGGUGAGGGCGGUGUGCCUGCUGAUGGGAGGGGCGGCGGCCUCCUCCGCUGUGGGCUACCUCAGCUCCUGCUCCCCAUCCUCCCCUCUCGCCAGCAGAGCCCCAGAGAUCGCCCACGGCGUGGGGGGCUUCUCCGAACUCCCCGCGGGAGCCUCCUUCCACGCCUGCAGCCAGGACGUCGACUCCCCCCACUUCAACAGCUUCGACUUCGAGGGGGACUCCGACUUUGAUGCAUUUGACUGUGGAGGAUUUGCUUUCUAGUUAGUUAGAGAGAGAGAGAGAGAGAGAGAUUGAUUUAUUUCUGGAAAACCUUUAUUUUAUAAUUAGCACAACAAAAAACUAAAUUACUUUUAACACACAACUUCAAACAUAAUUGUAGCACCGAUCUUGAAAAAAAUCGUCCAUGAUGCUCACGCUCCUAAAAAAUAAACUAGAGUCAAUCCAGACUUGAAGACAGGAAGUGCUUCCUGUCCCUUCACUCGUCCUGCUGCUGUAGCAGGCCGGCUUGGCCUCUCCCACCACAUUCUUCAGGGUGGUGGUCUCAGAGGAGCACAGCAUGCUGCUGAGCCCCGGUGUCGCGCUGUCCUAGACCUCCAUUCUGGCCCCUUUCUCCAGAAGUUCCUCUCGCCAGUGCAGUGAGGCCGCUGGCUCCAGGCUCUUCCUCUUCAAAGAGUUCCACAGCUUACCGAAGCCUCAUCAUCCUCACUCUAAGCAUUGAUGUCCUUCCUGAUGUCACACAGGAUCUUCUUCAGCCUGAAGAACUCCUUUUGUGUGAAGCCUCCUCUGUUCCUCUUGGCCGUGAAGAAACCGGCAGAGAUGUCAAACUUGUCUCUGUCUGGGAAGUGAUCUUCCACCUUCACAUCCCACAUGUGUUUAUUCCUCGACAGAAAGGACUGUAUCUGCUCUACACUGUAGAACAAAGACUCAUCAUCAGAGUCCUCCUCCGUACCGGACUUGGACUCUGUUCCCCUUCUUCUUAUCUUCUUUCCGCCCGCCGUUAAGUUUCUUGGCCUGAGAGCUCUCGCUAUCCUCCGCAUUUCCUCUUUAAAUGGUGAACUUUGAGGCUCCAUGUCCACCUCGCUUUCUGUCACCACAACAACCUUGACACUUGUCGUCGUCGUCUCCUCCUCCUCCUCCUCCUCCUCCUCCUCCUCCUCACCCUGCUGGAUUACACAAGUCUCCCCUCCUCUCUCUCUUCCACACCCUGCUGGACACCCCCGUCCCCUCCUGUCCCUCCUGGUGCUGCCCCUCAGAAGCCGCUUCACCAGUGUUCUGCUCAGCAGCUCUUUUCUUGGGGCAGUCUCUGCUCUGAUGUCCCUCUCGCUCACAAACAAAACAUUUUCCGUUCCCCAAGCUCUCACGCGCCAACACGCGCACAUACACACCCACCAAAACACUCCGUGCAACUGCAACCGCAGUCUCUCACACAAAUAUCCCCGUGACACACACACAACAUACCGUUAAACAACUUUAACGAGGAAACCCACCGUUAAACAAUAAUAUACCACUCCCAGCUCACAAUCUCCGUGCUCACGCCCAGAGAGAGAGAGAAAGAGAGAGAAAGAGAGGCUGUGAGAAACCCCUUCUUCCUUUUGUUGGUAUUCCCUUUUAUAAUAAAAGGCAUCAACUAAUCACUUGUUUGUUAUAGACAAGUCUAACAUAUAAAUGAAUGAAGGUGUUCUUCCUGGCCUUCAGCCCAUGCUCCUCAGGUUAAUCAUUCAUGACCGUGACCCUUGAGCACUGUCUGUGUUGUAUCAGUCGUUCCACAGGAUGGCUCCAGGCUGACUGAGGGAGCAGAGUAAUGAUUACAGACAGCCACACGGAUGUUGAUGAGGAUAUUUGAGUCUUUUGAACAGUUGUGUUUCUCCGCUCAUUGUCUCUCAUCGCUGUGAUCAUUUUCUACUUUUUAUUUUGUUUUUUAAAAGUUUGACCUCUGUGAAUAUUCUCUCCUUAUCCUUCUCUCCAUUUCAUUGACACUUUGCUUUUGUCCCCACUCUAAGAAGAGACCCCUGUGACCCACCCCUUCUGCACAUGACCUCACUUGAAAUGCAUUUCAAAGGUGAGCUCUAAAUAAAUCCUCCUGUCACCGUG